UUCAUCGAUAGUCGAUCUAUCCGUCCAUGAAUCGGUAUAUCGAAGACAUUUCGGUAUGUGUGAACAGUGACAGUUACGCAAAGUAUUAGGUUUAAUGGCAGGCGAACAAAGGUGAACGUUUUAAAGUCGACGAGGUUUCAAAUAUAGUUCAAGGGGCGCACUCGCCUGUGCACUGAAGGUCGCGUUCCGACGGUAAAAUCAAAUGUCCAAAUGUCUUCCGUGGAUGUGAUCUAAAGCGUGACAAUUCGUGCCGUCAGUAGCGUCGCUGCUUUCAUUCAAAGAGACGUUUGGGCGUCACCUAACAGGCCACUCGAGCCAGCAUAGCAUUAACACACAGACAUUUCCGAGCUUUGCUCCGGUACGUAAAGUGGAUAAAAACUUGGUCAACAAGCCGCCAGUCAGCCCGCUCGACCCGGGACAGUUGGUUGCUACGCGUCGCGGAUUAUUUGGCGCCGCAACAAACACAUACUCGCACAACACUUUCGGCAAAAGAGGCGCGACAUAACCCAACCUUCGCUGCUACACCGAGCCCGAACAGAGCGGCCGCCCGAGAUGCCGCUCCUUCACAGGAAAGUCUUCGUCCGCCAGGAGCCUCCGGUCGAUCUGCGCCCCGAUGAGGAAGUCUUCCUUUGCCGCAUCACGAAUGAAAUAUUUCGCAGUUACGAUGAAUUUUUCGAGAGGACCAUCCUUUGCAACAGCCUGGUAUGGAGCUGCUCCCUGACGGGCCGAGCGGGCCUCACCUAUCUGGAGGCGGUCGAGAGCGAACGGCGGGCCAAGCAGAGCCUGCGCAACUUUCCGUCCGCCCUGGUGCGGCCGCUGCUGCACCUGGCGGCGCUCGGCCUCCGCGGCCGCCUGAGCGAGCUCUGCGAGGACAUCUACGCCUUCGCCAAAGAGCGCUUCUUCCCCGGCGAGACGGUGGACGUCGCCGGACGCGAUGGGGAAAGGCACACGUGCGAGAUCCUUCAGGUGCACUCGCCGCAUUCCAGCACAAACGGAGCACCGGCUUCCAAUGGACAAAAGUCAGCUGAGGGCAACAUCAUCGUCAUCAGCGACAGCGAUGAUGAUGAAGCAGCCGCCGACGCCGCCUUUCAGAGUCCCGGCAGAAAGAGGAAGAAGCCUCUGAGUCCGUCGGCGUUCAAGUACGAGGUGAGGAUCAUGACGGAGGAGCACAGCGAGCCGUUCGUCGUCCGAGCCAAUCAGAUCAGUCGCAGGAAAAACGUGAUGUCCCGCGAGCGCCUGAAGCUGCUGCUCAAGCAGCACUGCGAGCCCGCCAACGGGAUCAUUCGGCUCAAGGCAUCCAGCGUGGUGAAGUACCGGCUGGCCGAGCAGAACUUCUCCCACUUCUUCCCGGAUGAACCGCCCCAGUUCCCCUGCAGUGUCAAGCUGGAGGGGCGCAGCUCGCCGGUGCAGGCGAGCUUGUGGUUGCUGAAGGCGGCGGCGGCGCAGGAGAAUCUGAAGUUGCUGCAGCAGAAGGAGGAAAUGAUGGCCAAGGCGAGGCUGAAGAGGGACAAGGAGGAGGCGCAAGGGGGCAGGGGCAAAUUGAAGGAGGACCAGAGGCAGCGCUUCCAGGAGGAGAAGCAGAAGAGGAGAGAGGAGACGGAGCGCAGGAAGCAGGAGAAGGAUCUGGAGCGCGAAAAGCUGAAGGAGGAGAAAAAGAGAUACGCAGAGAGGCUGAAACUGUGGAACAAACCCAGAGAAGACAUGGAGUGCGAAGACCUGAAGGAUUUGCCCGUUCCCACGCCCGUCAGGACUCGCCUGCCGGCCGAGCUCUUCGGAGAAGCCAUGAUGGUUCUGGAGUUCCUGCGGGCCUUCGGCGAGGACUUUGGACUGAAGGACGAAUUCCCGGAAGGAGUGUCUCUCGAGGUCCUGGAGGAGGCCCUGGUGGGCUCCGAUCCGGAAGGACCCCUCUGCGAGAUGCUCUUCUUUUUCAUCACGGCCAUCUUUCAGGCUCUGGAUGAGGAACGAGAGGACGUGGCCAGAGAUGGGCACGAAGAUCCGUCCGAAGGCCGGGACGACGAUUGCGAGCGGGCCGACUCGGCCGCCAACGCCGCCCUGAGCUCGGCCGCCGCCUGGUCUCAGCUGCAUCUGGGCUGCAGCCUCCAGGAAGUGGACCUGGACAGCUGCACGCUGUCGGAGAUCCUGCGCCUGCACAUCCUGGCCUCCGGCGCCGACUGUCACCAGGGCAACCUCAAAUUCCGCCACCAGAGGCAGGGCGGCUUCACGGCCACGGACGACCCCUGCGUGGAGCUCCGCUCGGCCCGCCCGGCGCUGAUGAGGAAGCUGGCGCGCACGGCGGUCUACGACCUGACGCCAGCCGAGAAGCUGAGCAUCCUGCGGGCGCUGACGGGCAAGCUGCUGACGCUGGCGUCGAGCAGAGAUCUGAUCGAGGACUGCGUGGAGGAGCAACGCGCCGCCAGGCAGGAGCUGAGGGAGCUGCGGGCCGAGCAGCACCGCCGGGAGCGAGAGGAGGCGGCGCGCAGGGUGCGCCUUCGCAAAGAGGAGCGCCUGCGCGAGCAAGAGCAGCGCCUCAAGCUGAAAGAGCAGCAAGUCGAGACCAAUCCCUCAAAGACCACCAAAGCCAAAGUCUUGCCUGCGAACGGCGAGUCCAAAGCCCCGGCGGGCGCCCCCGCCGCGUUGACGCCGGAGGAACUGGAGGAAGAACAAGAGAAGGUACGCCAGCUGCUGGAGCGCAUUCAAAAGGCGGCGGCGCGCACCAGCCUGCAUCCGCUGGGCCGGGACCGGCUGUACCGCCGCUACUGGCUCCUCCCCUCGGCGCCGGCGCUCUUCGUGGAGGAGGACGGCUUCGGCCUGACCGAGGACAUGUUGCGGCCUCAUCCUCGAGACCGCCGGGCCGCUUCCGACGAAGCGGACGAGGACCGGGAGGAGCCCGCUGAGGGAAGCGCCGGGUCGAGCCCGGCCCCGCUUCAUGACCUCGGCCCGCCGGUGGACCGUCCCAACCGGUGGUUCUUCUACAGCUCGGUGGAGGAGCUGGAGCAGCUGACGGAGGCGCUGAACCCGCGAGGCCUUCGCGAGAGCGGCCUGAAGGAGGCGCUGCUGCAGGAUCGCGAGCGUCUGCUGGAGGCUCUGCGGGCCUGCAGGCGCAGCAAGUACACCGGCGCAGAUGAUGUCAGAUGUCCAGAUGAGUCGUCCCGAUCCGUUCCCAAAUGCACCGCGGCGGCCGAGACCCUCAUGGAGGGCAGACUGAGAGACCUGCUGCUGGACAUGGAGGACCGCAUCCACCAGGGCACUCUCGGAACGCUCAAGGCGAUGGACAGACAUGAGUGGCGGGCGGCGUUGGAGGCGGGCCACUACCGGCUGCUGAGUCCCGAGGGAAGCCAAGCGACGGGGACUCAGGACUCGGCUCACCUGAAGGACGGAGACGAGCGUGCCGACGGGCUGUCGGCGAGCACGACGGCGGCAGUGACGGGUCUGGCUCAGGCGCUGGGCCACGUCGAGCGCGGCAUCGAGAGACGCUUCCUCAAAGCUCCGCUGGGUGCUGACGAGUGCAAGAAAGAGCAAAAGGGCAAAAAAGGCAAGAAGAAGGACGAGGACCAGGCCAGCGACGACGGCAGUGACGGCAGUCGUGCGGUGAAGUCCGUGUUGGAGCGCUGGAGAGAGUCUCUCUCGUCGUCGUCCAGCCUGUCUCAGGUCUUUGUCCACUUAGCCAUCCUGGACCGAAGCGUCCUGUGGUCUCGCUCGGUCCUGAACGCCCGCUGCCGCGUGUGCCGGCGCAAAGGCGACGCCGACAACAUGCUGCUGUGCGCCGCCUGCCACCGCGGCCGCCACACGCACUGCCUGCGGCCGCGCCUCAAGGGCGUCCCCGAGGGCCAAUGGUUCUGUCCCGACUGCCUGCCCAAAAAGAGAUCCGGCCGCCUUCCUUCUCGCCGGCGGUCUUCUCUGCGGGAGGACAAAGACGAGGAAGAGGAAGACGAGGCUGAGGAAGGCUCGCGGGAUGAAGAGGAGUCUGCAGAGGAAGAGCCCGCCGAGGUCGUUGGGAGUAGCAAGAAGGGUACGGCGGCCCCCCCGAAAGGCAGGAGCAGUCAGGCCGCCGCCAAGAGCGCCGUGACGUCAAACGGGAAAAGCGCAUCCAAGUCAUCGGGCAAGAAGGCCCCGCCUCUUCCGUCCAAGGCCGCCGCGUCGGGCGGCAAGAACGGCGCCGCCGCCGCGGGAACGUCGUCGGGUCGCAAGAGACCGUCCGCUGCAGUAGACGCGGCGGCGCCCACCCAAAGCUGCAAGCCGGUCCUCCCGUCUGCGUCUGGCGCCGGCGCCUCAUCCUCGGGUAGCCGGCGCUCGUCGGGCAGGAACCAAGGCGUCCACGAGCUGUCGGCGUGCGAGCUCCUGAUCGUGGAGCUGGUCCGCCACGACGACAGCUGGCCCUUCAUGAAGCUGGUGACCCGCACGCAGGUGCCCGACUACUACGACAUCAUCAGCAAGCCCAUCGCGCUCAGCACCAUCAGGGAAAAAGUCAACAACUGCCAGUACCUCAACUCGGGCGACUUCAUCUCGGACGUGGAAUUGAUGUUCUCCAACUGCCUCCGCUACAACGCCCGCCACACCAACGAGGCCAAGGCCGGCCUGCGCCUGCAGCAGUUCUUCCGCGCCCAGCUCGGCAAAUUGGGCCUGUCGGAAAACGCCGCCGGCACUCUGCCCGCCAAGCGAGCUCGCCACUGAGCCGGGCGACCCUUUGCCCCGCCCCGCCCGACACGCCGUCCUCUCGAGAGGUGGACCCGUUGACUGUGUUUAAUGGGACCGAAGGGGUCAGGGGUCAUUGUGAAUUGACUGGUUUGUUUGCGGGCCGUCCCGCUCUCCUUGUUGCAACCUCUCACCCGCUGCCGUUCGGGGAGUCGACUUGAGCCGAGGUGCCUCACUUCACUUCAGAAUCCUUUUGCACUGACGCCAAAACGCACGCUCGCUCGCGUCUUUUGUGUUUCUCAGGGAUGACGACGACAACAACAAAAAUGGGGGGGCUGGGUGACCCUUGAACAAGCUUGUGUUUGGCUUGUUCAAAAACUUGAUUUCUCUUCUUAAGGUGUUGAACUCUUGGCUCAUUUCGGUGCGGACUGAUGCAAGUGUUUUCGGGGUGCAGGUCAAUGUUAGUUUGUCUCUCCCCCCCCCUCCACACACACACCACCUUAUUUAUUUCUGACUUUGUCCAGCCUCCUUGUUUUGCAAAAAACAAAUAAAGGUUUUGUUUUUU